AUUUUGUAUGACCGCACCACCAGAGCUUCAUCUUCUCGAUCAGGGCGGGGACAUGAUCUACGCAUCGCCCAAAUGCAGCGAGAAUUGGAGGAGGAGGAGCGGGCAUUAGAGCAGCAACGGAAGAAGGAUGAAGAAACAAGAGCCCGGCUGGAAGCGAUGGAGCGGAUCUUAAACGCCGGAUAUCAGCCUCAUCCUCGGCCGUACAUAUUGCGCCCCGAGCAGACUCCUCAAGUUCCGCACAUGGGCAACAUGGAUUAUUAUUCUAACUCCGGAUAUAGUAGCAUGCCUAUGAUGGAUUCGGCAUUCGGAUCUCUGUCGCAUGGUUUCUUGAAUCAAUUUCAGUCAUCCGGAGGAUCCAGUCGUGGAGUGAACCGAGGAGGUAGCCGAGGAGGCAACCGAGGAGGCAGCCGAGGAGGAACCCGACCCGAAGACACCGUGGAGCCCGAAGAUGAGGAUGAUGAUGAUGAUGAUGAUAAUGAUGAAUUUGAUAAUGAUAAUCCUAAUUUUUAUCAUAAUGGAGUUCGAAGACCGGACAUGUAAUAGUACAGUUUUAUCAUUAACAUUUAACAUUAUUUUU